AUGUCCGCCCCAUCCAGGCCACGGAAGCGCACAAAAACGUUCACAGGAUGCUGGACCUGCCGCGGCCGCAAGAUCAAGUGCGACGAGGGGAAGCCCUCCUGCCGCCAAUGUGCCGACAAGGGCCUCAGCUGCGAAGGGUAUUCUGCCCGCCUGCAAUGGCUUUUACCGGCGACUGGGGCCUCAGUGCUAUAUACAGAUGACUUGCCUGAGGCUUCUACGGCCCGCUCUCUCAGGCGUCUCUUGCCGGUAGAGUCUCCCAAAACGAUCCUAGACAUUGAUCAAGUUGAUGGCAUUCUGCGCUACCUGGACUCCCUUGAGUUGGUGGUCGACUCCAGCGGUGACCAGGCCAGUGCCAGUAUCCAGAACUUCGGUGUUUUCAGUCUUGCACAAGGACCUUGUCAAGUCCAAGUUGAGAAUAUCAGUUCCAUCACCAAAGACCACCAGCUGCAGCAUGGAAACGAGCUGAUCUUCGAUGAGUCAGCUUUAAUACCAUCAGAUCACUCGUCUGACAACCCGGAAGCAGAAGCAGCAUGGAACCUGUGCAAUCUUCACGAACAAGACUUGCCCUUGGACUUUCUUUACCAAGAAGACCUGGCCACUGCGGACCUUACACUGGACACAGAAACUAUAUCCUCCUCAGAGAUCGCAGGCAACUCCAGCCAUUGGCAACCGUUUGAGCCAGAUCUGGCCCUCCCAGUCGACGGCAACGAUAGUCUCAUCAACGAGCCUCAGCAAGCCUAUCCCCACCCCACAAAUACACUUGUGUCCCUGUCAGUACCUUCUCAAGAACGGUUCCUCAUGGGCCACUACAUGACCAGGGUCGUCAACCUCUUCUGUGUGAUCGAGAAUGCUAAAAGCCCCUGGAAGACGAUUCAUCUGCCUCGCGUGUUGCAGUGCGCAGGGGAACUGAGCUUCGGGGGCUCUACGACGCGAAUUCGCAACGCACUCAGCAAAUGUCUACUUUCUGUUAGUGCUUUUUACCUAUCGAAUGACCACCGUGCGCAUCAUCGCCAUGAGGACGCAGAGAACUGGGGCACUGUCGCAUCGCGGUACAGAUGUGACGCCAUUGGGCUUCUCAAGCAUGCCGUCGAAACGGAUCUCUACGCUGAGAGAAAGCCAAAGUAUAAGGAGUUUCUGGCUACAAUGCUGUCUAUGGUCACAAUAAAUGUCAUGUCUGGAGACACGAGCACUUGCAGCGUCCAUUUAGAUGGUGCUGAGAAACUCAUCAGCCACAUGAGCGCCCGCAAGUCCACAUUCUCCCGCAAGGCUCAAUCCCUUCAUCGCAUAUGUUUCUACCUCCGCGUUUUAUACGAGAGUACCGCGGUGAGAAUCCCGAGGAGCGGCGUUUCUCGAUUCUCUUCAUCCCUGGGUUCGCCAAUCUUCGGCCCACAACUGAUUGUCCCCAGAAGGCAAAUAUAUUUUGACGAUGACGAGUCGCCGUCGUCCGUUAUCCCAAUGCCUGGGGACAAAUACACAUUGGCGGCAGAGGUUCCCCAAACUGAAAUGUCCGCAUACGAAUGCAUCUACGGUAUACCGCAGAGCCUCCUAAUCCUACUUAAGGAUUCUAUUGAAUUAAUAGACGAACUAAAUAGCCAUUCCCUGAAUGGCACGAACCCUCCGGGCUUUAUCCCAGAAGUCCUAGCUCCUAUCUGCGAUGACUUGGAACAGAAGAUCUUGGACUGGCCUCUAGAAGACCGUCUGCACCUCUGCAACGAACCCUGCAACGGGAACAGUACCAGCGCAACAAUAAUCUACCACCAAACACGCGCGUUCCUCAACGCACUCAUCAUCUUCUUUUCGCAGAGCGUGCGAAUGCUAGGCCAUCGCUAUCUACGUCAGUACGUCCAGGCGAUCCUAGAAAGUAUCGAAGAGAUCGAACAGCUGAAGGCCGAAACCAAGAUUCUAGCUGCUCCUUUAUUCUGGCCCGCAUUCAUGGGGGCUACAGAGGCCUUCGAGCCGCGUCAACAGGAGAGAUUCCGUCAAUGGUAUGCAAGGGUGAAAGUCUACGGGAUUGAGGCUGUCAGGACGGGAAUCCAGGUUGUGCACGAAGUUUGGAGGCUGGGCCCGACGAGUGCGAGUACAGCAAACCGCAACCGGCAAAUGUUUUCUGGUUGGCGGGGUGUAAUACAGCGACGUGGGGACUGCCUUAUGCUGACUUGA